AUGGUGUUGGCUAAAUCCAAAAAUUCCGUGGGGCUGGGUAACAGCCUCAUGAACGAUCGUUUCGGAAAGGGAAAAGCUUCGAGAGAGAAGAAGGCCUCGCACAACAAUGCCAUUGCGCGAAAGAACAUGGAGGGCGAGACCUACAUUACAAAUGCCGCAACAGAAGCCUCAUGGGUGAAGAUGCGCUCGAUCACUGAGCAAGCUGCCCUCGAUGAGUUCCUUAGCACCGCCGAGUUGGCCGGUACCGACUUUACCGCCGAGAAGAUCAACAACGUCAAAAUUAUCCAUUCCGACCAGAAAAACCCCUACCUCCUGUCCGCCUCGGAGGAAAAGAAAACUGUGAAGAAGCACCAGCAGAACAAGGGUCGUUUGACUGUUCCCCGUCGGCCGAAGUGGGAUUCUACGACUACACCACAACAGUUGGAGCAGAUGGAGCGAGAGAGUCUGUUGGACUGGCGACGUGGACUGGCGGAACUUCAGGAGUUCAAUGAUCUGUUGAUGACUCCGUUCGAGCGUAACUUGGAAGUUUGGCGUCAGUUGUGGCGUGUUAUUGAGCGAUCCGAUCUCGUUGUGCAGAUUGUCGAUGCUCGAAACCCGCUUCAGUUCCGUUCGGAGGAUUUGGAGAACUACGUUAAGGAGAUUGAUCCGCGCAAGAAGAACUUGCUGUUGGUCAACAAGGCUGAUAUGUUGACCCUCCAGCAACGUGAGGCCUGGGCUGAGUACUUCGAGAGGAACAACAUCAACUUCCGUUUCUUCUCGGCUCAUCUGGCUAAGGAGAAAAUCGAGGCUGAGAUGCUCGGCGAGUCAGAGUCUGAUAGCGAGGCUGAUGAAUUGGCCGAGUCUACCAAGAAGAUGGGUGUCAACGAUGAGGAGGAAUCCCAGGAGGCCGAAGAGGAAGUCGAUGAAGAGCACCUGGCUAAGCUUGCUGAUCCUGACCGUUCAUUGGGUCCUCACAUCCUGGACGUUGAUGAGCUGGAAGCACUUUUCCUCGCAAACGCCCCAGAAUUGCUCUCCGAGCUUGAAGACUCUGAGCACAAAUCCAAGGCAAAGACCACUAUUGGUUUAGUCGGUUACCCUAACGUGGGUAAGUCCAGCACAAUUAACGCUCUUCUGGGUGCCAAGAAGGUGUCUGUGUCUGCCACUCCCGGUAAGACCAAGCACUUCCAGACCCUGUACCUCUCUCCGGAGAUCAUGCUCUGUGAUUGUCCCGGUCUGGUUUUCCCCAACUUCGCUACUACUAAGGCCGACUUGGUCGUGAACGGUGUGCUGCCCAUUGACCAGCAGCGUGAGUUCACUGGUCCUGCCGGUAUCGUCGCUCACCGUAUCCCCAAGCACUUCUUGGAGAAUGUCUACGGUGUGAAGAUUAAGACUCGUCCGAUUGAGGAGGGUGGCACUGGUAUCCCUACAGCUAGUGAGGUUCUUCGUGCCUACGCCCGUGCUCGUGGUUUCUCAACCCAGGGUCUCGGUCAGCCCGAUGAGUCUCGUGCCGCUCGUUACGUUCUGAAGGACUACGUGAACGGAAAGAUUCUUUACGUUCACCCUCCUCCUGUUGCAGAGGGCGAGGAACCCAUCGACCCGAACGCCUUCAACCACGAGCUUUACGAUCUCGCUCAUCUUCCCGCGAGGCGCCAGGCUAUCCUUGCGAAUAAAAUCGUCGAUCUCGAUGACCCUAACUCCGAUAUUUCUUCCAUCCUCUCCAGGGAUGCUGCUGGUGAGCUGCCUGGUGCCCGCUCCCGUAAUAUCGACAGUGGUUUCUUUGGUACAGCGACUGGUCCUUCCGCCGGCCGUAUGACAUUGCCAUUUAACGCCAAGAACACCGCACAAGGCCAGCAGAUCCGCCAAAAUCUUACAGGUCGCAAGGAGCGUAUGAUGAUUGCCUUGGAACGUGGUGUUGAUGUCUCUGAAGUCCGGAGUGCGGGCUCCAAGAAGCAUUUCAAGGGCAACAAGAAGCGCGCUAAGGCCCACCGCAACGUCCCAGUCGACGACGACCAUUAUUAA